UCUCCUUCCUCCUCCUCCUCCUCCUCCUCGCGGCUCUGCCUUCCCCACCUCCCGCCGCUCAGUCCUUACCGUGCUCAGCCCGGGCGCUGCCGAACUCCGUGUGGCACCGGGCAGCAGCACAGACCCUGCAGCCAUGGACCCCAAGGACCGCAAGAAGAUCCAGUUCUCGGUGCCGGCCCCCCCCAGCCAGCUGGACCCCCGCGCCGUGGAGAUGAUCCGCCGGCGGAGGCCCACACCUGCCAUGCUGUUCCAGCUCUCCGAGCACUCAUCCCCAGAUGGAGAGGACGAGUCCCUGCCCUACCAGCGAUCCGGUGAGGGCUGCCUGCUGAAACCAAAGAGGACCAAUCCGUGUGCCUACACACCGCCCUCGCUCAAAGCGGUGCAGCGCAUCGUGCAGUCCCACCUGGAGAGUGGCAUGGGUGCGGGGGACAGCUCUGAUGGAGAACCUGAUGAUGGGGACCCCGAGCUGGCCCGUGCCUGCGACCCAGACAGCGCCCUCGAGUCUGCCCUGGGGAGCCAGACCAGAGCCGAGAGGAGCGUCUUCCCUGCCACCAAGGCACACAAGAGGAAAGGGGGGCAGAAAGUUUCCUUUGCGGGCGGCAUCUCUGAGCGCAGCGAGGACCUGAAGGCGCUGACUGUGUCUGACAUCCCCGAAGACCCCGAGGAUCCCGAAGGGGGCGAAGGUGACGAGGAGGAGCCGGAUGACGGCAGCGAGCACAGCGAGGAGCGGCGGCACGUUGGUCUGGCUGGGACGGAGCGCCGCCGUUCCCCGGUCCCAUUGGGCACCAGCUAGCCGGGCCUGCCCCCCUAUGGCCCCCUAUGGCCCCCUAUAGCCCCCUAUGGCCCCUAUAGCCCCCUAUGGCCCCCUAUGGCCCGGCCCACAUCGCUUCGCCCCCCGGCCCAGCUCGGAGCCGGAGCUUCGCGUGUGUCCCCGCAUGGAUCGCGGCCUGGUCGGUGGGACCGAGGCCUCGCCCCGUUCCCAUAUCACUGGGGCUGGCGAUGAGGCUGCGGUCCUACAACCGGGGCCUGCCCCGCGCCCCCCCCGCAUGGCAGCAAUGGCCGCAAUAAACAACUGUACAGAG